AUGGAAAGGAAAACAACCUUUUGUUGGAAGAAUAGUUCAUUGGGAAUUGGAAAAAAUUGGCAUCUCUCCUCCCUCUCCCGCCUCUACCGCCUCGAUCUCUCCUUCAACCUCCUCUCCGGCCAGAUCCUUCUCUCCUUGAACCACUUACCCCAUCUCCUCACCCUCUGUCUCAACUCCAACAACCUCUCUGGCCCAAUCCCCGUCCUCCCCCUCCCCAAUCUACAAGACCUAAACCUCUCCUCAAAUUCCCUUACUGGUCCCAUCCCACCCUCAUUCUCCUCCUUCCCACCGGCAUCAUUAUCCACAAAUCCCACCCUCCCCACCGGAUCCCCACCACCACAUUGA